CAAGUUUGUAACUUAGCAACUCCAUGUCCUGCCUCUGCCCAGUGUGCCAGUGUGCUGGGUUCGAUGUCUCUGUUGCCAUGAGUGGUCUUGGCUCCCAAACCGGGAAGGCCUGUGGCAGCACCACCACCACCUCCCCUUGGUCUUUUUCUGAAAGUGAUCUCUGCCCAGACUUCGGGUUCUUUCACAGGUUGUCUAGAGGACCGGAAGAGUUCUGGCUUCACUUCUGCUUGGUCUUUUUGCAGGCUUUCUUUUUGCCCACCUCUCUCAUUUUAGCAAGACCUCAGGGUAGAUGUCUGAUUUGGGAGGGGGAGCAUCUUGAGAGGUGCAACUUAAAUGCAAAAGCAUUGUUCUUUUAGAGUAUCAUGGGAUGGUUCUCGUGGCUUAGCUGCAGAUGUGGAGGCUCUCCGUGUACUGGGAGAGUCAUCUUGUUUCUGUGAAAUGGAAGAUGUACUGAAAAAAGACAUGAUGGAGCCUCCCCCACCCCCCUUUGGUCUUCUCUAAAUGUCCUCUUGGGUUUCUCCUGCCUUUGGUUUUCCCUCUUGUUUGCUAUGGUGCCAUGUCCUGGUUACAAGUAAGAAGGCUUAUAUUCAUACAGUUAUUUUGGGGUUUGGCCUUGGCCCAGGAUUUCACUAGGAAGAGUAAGAACUGACACUGUGCUAGCAGCACCCCCAUCACCUCCCGCUCCUCCUCUUGCUGGGCUUAAACUGAGAUCUUGUUCUUUGCUGCACUUUAAAGAACAUGAAAUACAGUUUAAAACGGGAGUCAAGGCCAUUCAGACUGCGGGCUCCUGCCUUCCCUUCCUGGGCCUGCCUCCAUGUACCUGUUCCUUCUCCACGUUCCCUGAUUCCUGUUCUCUAUAUUUCUAGUGGUUGUUUUUUAACUGCCUCAGGUGCCUUUGCUGCUCUGACUUAGCAUGCCUAUGUUUUGGCUCGCUUUGCCCUGGCCAGCCCCUUUUGCCCUGUGUUGUGUUCCUGUUGUGGUCCACUGAGGACACCAGCAGUGUCACCCAUACGUCACUGCACCAGCACCCAGCCUGUCCCACAGGCACUGUCUGUGUGACACCUCGGUCUUCAUUCCGCCAUGUCCUCCUGUGCUGACGUGGAGGGAGCUGGGGUCUACAGUGCAACCCAGGUUGUUCUGUGCUUCCUGCUGUGGACCACGUCACAGGCACCUGGAGUUUGCUCUGGUCCAUUAGGUCCAUCCUGCAGACAUGAGGCCCACCUUCUUCUCUGCACUCUCUGGCCUUCCUCAAGGCUUCCCUGCCCUCGGCUGUGCUUGCUAGACAUUCUUUAUUUCUGAGUUUGUAUCUCAAAAUAUUCCUGGGACUUUGUACUUAGUCCCAGAGGGAGUUGACCUCACAUGAGCUUUCUGGCUCAGGGCUCGUCCUGGACCUCCAGCCCUGGAUGUUCCCUGGAUGGGUUCACAGUCACAUCUGUCUCUGACUAUGGAGGACACUACCUUGUCUCUCCAAGGUACCUGCACUUCCAGGGGCUCUCCUCUGGCAUCAGUCCCCUUGCCCUGUCUAUAUGCCUUUCCAGCUCUUCUCUGUGGAACACACUUGCACCCUCAGGGCUGAUGAGGAGAAGGAGCAUUUGGUUCCCCGCUGAAGGUGUGGGGAUUUGCUUGGAGUUUUCUGGUCAUGAGAAAAGCUUUAUUUAUUGUUUUCCCUUCACUUUUUUUUUUCUUCUUUUUUUGGAGCUGGGGACCGAACCCAGGGCCUUGCGCCUGCUAGGCAAGCGCUCUACCACUGAGCUAAAUCCCCAACCCCUUCCCUUCACUUCUGUACCCUUCCUUUUCUUAUGAUUUGAGUUGUAAAAUGUACCUGAUAAAAAAACUACUCAAAAAAGUCCUGUGAUCCACUUUAGCUGUAACAGUAAAGUCACCAUUGUAUUCAUUGCUUUUGUCGGGUUCUCCGGUCUCAUCCCUUCCUUCCCUCUCUGUCUCUUCUUGUCUUUUUUUUUUUUUAAGGUUUAUUUAUUUAUUAUAUAUAAGUACACUGUAGCUGUCUUCAGAUACACCAGAAGAGGGCAUCAGAUCCCAUUACAGAUGGUUGUGAGACACCAUGUGGUUGCUGGGAAUUGAACUCAGGACCCCUGGAAGAGUAGUCUGUGUUCUUAACCACUGAGCCAUCUCUCCAGCCCCCCUCUCUGUCUUUUCUUCUCUGUCCUUCCUACAGACUGAGGGUGUGAUGAGUGGAGCUGAUAUGGAGGUUACCAGGAAAUUCAGUAAGGACCCACUGCAGUGAAGGAGACCCAGCAUCAUAUAAUGUUUGGGAUAGAAACAACAAAAGUAAACCAAAAAUAGCAAGGAUAAGCUAAGGGUCUUAGCUAGGUACAGCAUCCACAGCUGUAGUCCCAUGUUUAGGAAGCUGAGUUAAGGAGGUCAUUUGAGCCCAAGUUUGAACCCAGCCUGAACUAUACAGAGAGACUUCAUUUCAAGGCAAAAGAGGCUGAUGAAUAUUUUGGUUCCAAGUUCUGUGCCAUUGGUAAAGGCCUCUUGACCUGGUCGUAAAGUUAAGUAGAGGGUGAGUAGAAGCUGGCCAAAUCUGUUACUACCAACUGGUAUCCUGCUAAACCCUGGGCUACGUUAUACAUUAUCUACACAUUCCAAAGAGCCUGAAGCCAACUGCCUCUUCUUUCUCCUCCUCUCUGGUUUUCUUUUGUUGUUGUUUUGAGGCAGGGUUUCUCUACAUAGCCUGGAUGGUCUGGACCUUGCUAUGUAGACCAGGCUAGCAUUGAACUCACAGAGACCCAUUUACCUCUGGGCUCAAAGGUGUGCCCCACCACACCUGGCUUGUUUCAGUUGCAGGCUGGGCCCGUGCUCAGGGAUGAGUGCAUUCCCCUAGCACGGGUGAACCCUGGGGUAGCCUGAAAGCUGCACUCAUCCUGUUGCUCAGCACUGACCCUGGUUUGGUUGGUAUCUGAUGGAUUCUUGUGUUUCCUCUUCGUUCUUCAGCUUCUGCUGCUGCUAAGCGCUUCCAUGAAGACACUUGCACCCUAACUAGCAAGAGGUGUUCUGAGGUGCUAAGUCUCCCCGCACCCACCCUUCCAGUACCUAGGCACACCCAGAAGCCCAAUGUGAACUGGGCUUCAGUAUUGAGGCAGAUUGGAGUUGGGAUGGAGUUGGCAAUGGGCAUCAAGCCGAGGCCGGCUCCCCGACUUUGCAGGGCUUCCUUUGUGCCGUUUGGCAGGAAGCCCUCUACUGAAAGGGGCCCUAUCCCAUAAAGGAACCUAUGGUUUCAGGACUUACUGAUUCACUUGGAAGAGGAGUCUGUGCUGCCACCUUGGGAAGAAAGUUUCUCUGUCCCUUCAGCUUGGGGUAGAGGGAGGCUGUAGUGGGGCUGGCUGGCAGUGGAGCCCCACGGCCAGACUGAGCCUCAUUCAUCCUGCUGCCGGUGUGUGUGGCUCUGUCAUCCCAGACGGAGCCAGCCAGGUCUGCAGCCUGAAGUCUGCACUUAGAACUUGAUCCCCUAAUAUGACGAUUAAAUUCUAGUAAGUGAAAUAAAAAUGCUUGAGUGGGGGAGAGGACGGAGUAAAACAAUCGUUGUUUUAUUUAACUAUGAAGGUUUUGACAGUGUACUGCCUGCUUCUCGAAGCCUGCGAGGACUCUCCGUCUAUUGCAGCCCUUCCCUUGGGACCUUGAAGCAGUAACAGGCUGAAGGGCGCUAGUGUAAAUAGUGACCCUGAAGUCCUGGAGCCCCUUCCCCCUUCUCUUUCAUCAGCUCCAGCUCCACCUCCCAGACAGGCAAACACAGAACACUGAACAACUUCAGGUUCAGGCAGGGGAAGAAUAAAGGUGCUUUGUGAAGGGGAAGGAAAACACUUCUGGGGGAGGUGAGGGGCUUGGGCAUGAAAGUGCCCUCAGUCUGGGUGGAUGCUGCACACCCAGGAGGGAGGUGGUGGGAGGAGGGCCCAGCCCCAGCCAGGAAGCCCUGGGCGUGGGCAGGGCUUGUGGGAAUGAUUUCAUUGGAAAGGCCUGCGGUAUUUUUUCCCCUCCUGUGUGUGGUUCUUGGAGAAAGUUGGAGGUGGUGAGGAUUUCAGUUGCCUUGGCCGCUGAGCUGAGCAGAGGUCGGCAGUGAGCUGGCGGGGAGCUUGCUCUGAGCCUUCCUGCCAUGCUCAGACCUGGCUUCUGCCUAGAGCUCUUGCCCACCAUCCUAGGGGCACCUCUAACCCCACUUGCUCUCCCUGUUUGUUCCUAGUCCUCUUGGGGUGCAUAGAAUUCUUUUUCUGGUUUUUCUUAAACAAAGACUUUAAAGGAGCAGAUGCUGUCUGAGGUCCCGCUACAUUCUUUGCUAAGGGCUAAAAUGUGGAAUCUUCGAGUGCUUCGACUGACCAUGAUCCCUUGGGCCCCCUCCCGCCUGGCUGGGAGAAGAGGCAGGACAAUGGCCGGGUGUAUUACGUGAACCACAACACACGCACUACCCAAUGGGAGGACCCGCGGACGCAGGGAAUGAUACAGGAGCCAGCCCUGCCCCCAGGGUGGGAGAUGAAGUACACCAGCGAGGGCGUGCGGUACUUUGUGGAUCACAACACCCGCACUACCACCUUUAAGGAUCCUCGCCCAGGGUUCGAGUCAGGGACAAAGCAGGGCUCGCCUGGUGCCUAUGAGCGAAGUUUCCGGUGGAAGUAUCACCAGUUCCGCUUCCUCUGCCACUCAAAUGCCCUACCCAGCCACGUGAAGAUCAGCGUUUCCAGGCAGACUCUCUUUGAGGAUUCUUUCCAACAGAUUAUGAACAUGAAACCUUACGACCUGCGCCGCCGGCUCUACAUCAUCAUGCGUGGUGAGGAGGGCCUGGACUACGGCGGCAUCGCCAGAGAGUGGUUUUUCCUCCUGUCCCAUGAGGUGCUCAACCCUAUGUACUGUUUGUUUGAAUAUGCUGGGAAGAACAAUUACUGCCUGCAGAUCAACCCGGCCUCUUCCAUCAACCCUGACCACCUCACCUACUUCCGCUUUAUCGGCAGAUUCAUCGCCAUGGCUCUGUACCAUGGAAAGUUCAUCGACACAGGCUUCACCCUCCCUUUCUACAAGCGGAUGCUCAACAAGAGACCAACUCUCAGGGACCUGGAGUCUAUUGACCCUGAGUUUUACAACUCCAUUAUCUGGAUCAAAGAGAACAACCUGGAUGAGUGUGGCCUGGAGCUGUUCUUCAUCCAGGACAUGGAGAUCCUGGGCAAGGUGACAACCCAUGAACUGAAGGAAGGCGGAGAGAACAUCCGAGUUACUGAGGAGAACAAGGAGGAGUAUAUCAUGCUGCUGACUGACUGGCGAUUCACCCGAGGUGUGGAAGAGCAGACCAAAGCCUUCCUGGAUGGCUUCAAUGAGGUGGCCCCUCUGGAGUGGUUGAGAUAUUUUGAUGAAAAAGAGCUGGAGCUCAUGCUGUGUGGCAUGCAGGAGAUUGACAUGAGUGACUGGCAGAAGAACGCCAUCUAUCGGCACUACACCAAGAGCAGCAAGCAGAUCCAGUGGUUCUGGCAGGUUGUGAAGGAGAUGGACAAUGAGAAGAGGAUCCGGCUACUGCAGUUUGUCACGGGAACCUGCCGCCUGCCUGUUGGGGGCUUUGCUGAGCUCAUUGGGAGCAAUGGACCCCAGAAGUUCUGCAUUGACAGAGUUGGCAAGGAAACCUGGCUGCCUAGGAGCCAUACAUGCUUCAACCGCCUGGAUCUGCCUCCCUACAAGAGCUACGAGCAGCUGAAAGAGAAGCUGCUGUAUGCCAUCGAGGAGACUGAGGGUUUUGGACAGGAGUAGCUGAGGCUGCCCCUCUCACACCCUCCAGCACAUGUAGUCCUGAGUCCUGCCUGCCUGAGAGGCCACCGGCUGCACAGCCCUCGAGAGGCCCCUUUGGAUAGUGGCCCUGCACGAGACUGUGCUUUGAUCAUGUUGGUGACUGAAGAGGCCUUGGGGACCCUUUCUUCUCUCUGAUGAUGGCAGUCUGGAAUAAAGCCCUGUCACCUUUGACUCCA